CUCGGCGACCAGUGAUUAGCGACAAAGAAGCCCCAGGAGCCAGAGGCCACUCAGUCCAUCGUACCUGCACAAGAAGCGCUGCUGAAGUUGGCUGAUUGUGAAGCCUGCUCCGCGCUUUCAUUGGGCCUACGGGAAGCUCGGUCUACCCCAGCGUUAGCAGCCUAGUCACGGGGCAAGAGCAUUAUGGAGACGUACAGCUUCCCGCACAUGCCCGAGGCGCUUCAAGAUGUGCAUAUUGCGCUCUUCCGCUCCAUCACCUGCGGCGCAAAGCUGCGCCAGCGGUUGAUCUCCGCUGCGGCCAUGCCGGCAGACGCUGCAGGCGACGCGGAGAGAGAAGCUGUCAAUUUUGCCUUCAUCGACGCGGCAAUGAUCCUCAGCUUGCAGCAGCUUCUGACUGCUGUCCACCAGGCGCUGCUGAUCGCUUCGCGCGGCUCGGCCAGCGAGGGAGUGCAGGGUGGGAUGCGCACAGCAAGUAUCCAUGGCGAGAUCAUCUUUGCUUUGCAUCCCGCAAACAAUAUCGGUGAAGCACUGCGAAAUUUUGGCGUAGGCCCGCAGACGAAAGACCUGCUCAUCAUUCGCGUUUCGGCGAGUGAAUCAACAAGCGGCAGUACAUUCAAGAAGUCCUUACUCGAGCAGAUGGUAUCCCUCGCACAACAGAAGCCCGAUACGCAAGGUCUUGUGCAAAGUCUAUCGGCGAAUACCGAUGUCGACAAGAUACGAAAGGCAUACAAACUGAGCAACACUAGCCUCGGGGCCGAAGUCAAGGGUUCAGACUCGGCGCUAGAGGAAUUGGUGGUCUCUACGAUCGCAAUGAAAAGCGUCGCGGGCUGAUCCAGAUCCAAUGCACAUUUCUCAGCUUCUCAUGCUAUCCCCGAAAGUACUAUCAUUGCGAGGAUCGCACUAGCACUCUCUGGGGAUACAUCAGCUGUAUGUCUCAGCCAGUCUCUUUUCGAGGUAGUCUCCAGAAGUGACGGCAUCAUACCGCUUUGGCCUCUUCUCAUCAAAGCACGUCGGCAGGCACUCAACCAGCUGGUGCUCAUUGGGAUUGCAGAAAUAUGCGAUCGAGUAGCGCGUCGGCGUCAUGCUGGUCGAUGACUGCGCAUGCGGAGCGACAACGCGGUGCAGAGU